UAUUCGUUUGAGCAGGUAAUUCGUCAUCAUGGAGGAGGACAAGCUUCGCCGAGAGCUCCAGCAGCUCACGCCUGCGCAGCUCCGGGAGCUGCUAAACGCCAGUGGCCACGGCCAACUGCUUGCACAUGAGAAGUCCGCAGUGGAUGAGCAGUUCGUGAUUAAAACCAAGAACGAGGGCAAUACGUUCUUCCGCCAGGGGCGCCUGCACGACGCCAUCUCCUCCUACUCUCGAUGUAUCGAAAUGGAUACAAACAACGCCGUGUGUCUCUCAAACCGAGCUGCAGCAUAUCUGAAACUCAAGGAGUUUGAUCUUGCAGUUGCAGACUGCACCAGGGCGAUUGAGGUGGCUCCGACGAUUAAGCCGUUUAUGCGUAGAGCGACGGCGCACAUUGCCCUAGAGCAAUAUGAACAAGCAGUUGCCGACCUAAUGGCAGCACUGAAUUUCGAACCACAUAACAAAGAAUGCUAUGCGAAGCUCCAAACCGUUGUGGAUGCCGCUACUGCCGUGGAGCAGCGUGGAAACGGAGCUAACGUGGAACUACGAAGGGCGGGCGUUCGAGCUGCAGUGAUUUAUUCUGUCCGCGGAGGUUGGUCGAAGAGCGCUGUACGAGGUAAUCCAGGCCCUGCUGCUGUAAAUGGACACACGCUAUUCAGAGGAGACAACGGACGCAUCUAUCUGUUUGGUGGACGAGCUGUGCGUGAGCAAAGGCCGGAUGUAUUCGUGCUAGAGGAGAAUGACAACUCAAGCUGGGACAUAAUACCGACUCAAGGCAUCGAUGUUCCGUCAUCCCGCGCGUGGCAUUCGACUUCAUCUAUCGGCAGCAAAGGCAGCGAAUUCUAUUGCGUGUACGGUGGAGUAUCGUCACGAGGUGAAGACUCCAGCGUGCAUUUACUCAUACCAGCUUCGCCUCGAGGAUUUCAAUGGAUACAACCACAUUGUCCACAGGACUCGAAGGAGAUUCCUGCUCCUCGAUCAGGCCACGCAGCGAUGUCAAUUGUCGAUGGUAACGGUGACCGAAGCGUGUACAUGUUUGGCGGUCGAACGAAACAAGGAGUGAGCGAUCAAUUGCUGACCUUGCGAUUGUCAAGAGUUAGAACUGACCGUGAUGCACACGGCUCGGUGGAUGCAACGGUUGCUUGGGAGGAGUUUGGCCCUCGUGAAGAAGGAGCUGUCUGGCCUUCUGCUCGGGAUGGUCAUUCGAUGUGUUUGACACCGAGCUCGGGGAACCACGCUCCUCGACUUAUUGUCUUCGGUGGUAAUGGCCAACUCAACGAUGAUAGAAUGAAUGAUGUAUGGUUGUUUGACCUGGAGAAGCGGCUUUGGACAGUGUUGCAGUGCUCCGGAGAUAUCCCACCUCCACGGUCAUACCACACAGCUCACACAAUCGGCGAAUUUCUUUUCGUUUUUGGCGGACGAAUUGCUGAAUCCGAGGACGACAGUGUGUAUAUACUGGACAUUGCAACUACUGAGUGGUUUAAGGUGCCAAUCCCGAGUGACCACACUCUAACUCCUCGCGCAUGGCAUUCCAGCGUCCUCACCGACGCUGGAAAAUUGUUCGUACUGGGCGGUGGCACUUACCACGGCCCUCUGAAAGACUCAGCUGCACUGGAUUUAAGCUACUUCCAUCUCAAGGCAUCUUCGCUAAGUUACUAGAUACUUCCGACAAAAUAGUCAAAUUCACCAAUGCAACGCAUUAAACAGAAGAGAUUAAACGCUGCAAGACAGCCCCAAUUAGCGUACUUCCUGAAAGCAGGGAUGUUUCUCAUGGCGCUGUGGUUGAGAGAAGACAAACGAGCUAUUGGGAGAUAUGUUCACGUUGAGUUGGCCCCUGAUUUCCAGAACCGAAACCUGCCGAACAGUUUCAAAGGGACGGUGAAAGUCUGAAGUGGAGCAACGAGAGCGCUUAUCGCGUACAUUAAAGAGACUAUCGGCAGCGGUCUCACAAAUGAAGAUCUAUGCGUAGUGCCUGUGGACAGAAAGAGAGCGAUAGCCUCGACAUCGGACUGCUUCGUUUCAACACGAACCUUGUUGGACGCACAGACAUUAUCACACUAAAUUCUUAGGCGAACACGCACCCAUUCGAGUUGGACGUGUUACCUAAGGCGAGGAUGCUGAUCGAUGUCAAGAGGUAGAUUGGAGAAGUCUUGGUGUGUCAGACGAUGUCACAACUCAUCGUGUUCAAUAUCCUCACCAUUAACCUGGGGAUGGCUCUGCUGACAAAUCUGACAAACUCGUUGCUGUUCCUUUGGGUAUCCGAGAAGUCUGGCAGUCACCAUUAAGCAUGCGACGAUCUCAAAGCCAAGGGAAGCGGUUGAGACCAUUCGGCCGCUGCUAUCGCAGUCAACUGCGGACUAAGAGAUCACCCUCCCUGGUUUCCAAGAACCUGUGAAGCUGGAUCGAAUGCUGCCUGCUGUCAACGCGAACGGUAGCACUGCCUCUUUACUAUAACGCUACUUCGAUUUCGCGAGUGUCACUGGUCCCGACAUUGAAUUGGCUCGAGCUACGGCGUCGACAGCCUCUGGAAUGCGAACGUCUUCGUCGGCAGGGGCACUUUUGAAAGGUAAAUAUUCUUUGUGAAUAAAAAAUCAACGAGAGCGUACAAUUUCGACCACA